AUCACGUCAUAACAGAAACAUGCGGUUUCUGCUUCUGUAAAUUUUAAUUUUAAAGAUAAAGGAUUAAGGACAAUAAUUAUUAUCCCCUGUAAAUAAAAUUCUAUAAGGUUAUAUAAGUUUUAAACAAAUUCUUCACAAUGGCGAAAAAAGGGAAGAUAAAGAUUAGUAAAAUUAAGAGGACCAACCACACAACGAACAAGAUGAAGAAGGCUGGAAAAUUGAAGCUUCAGCGCCAUAAGCCGAAGACACAGGCAAAAAAUAAGCAGCACACGCAAAUGCCGCCGGAGUACAGUAGUGAUAGCGAAUCGUCAAGCAAUGAAUGGGCGGACAUGUUAGAUGAAGAAGAGCAGCAAUAUAUUAUGAGCCGUCUUGCUAAACAGCCACAAUUGCUCUCUAACGUCCCUGCAGAGGAACCGGCUAAAAGUCAAAGUAAGAAAAGGAAGCGAGGUAGAGAAAAGGCACAAAAGCCAGCUGGUGGUGACAGUGGGGCUGAAAGUGCUAGUGACGUUGAAGAGAAGUAUGAACAGGAGAUGGCUGAGAGGCCUGUGAAGAAGAUGCGGCCGUUGCUGCCGAUCAAAACUAAGGAAGGACUGCAGGAGCGGGCAGAGGAAGUUGAAAUGUCGGACAAUGAAGAAAAAUCAGACGUCGAGCAAGAAAUAGAAAUGGAAGAUGAUGAAGAAGAAACAGCAUCAGACUCCGGCAUGGAUCCUGGUGAAGAGGAUGGUGAGGGUGUGGUGACGGCCGUCGAGCUGCUGGCUGCGAGACGUGAUAAGUUGAGGCACGAGAAGCUGCGGAUUGGAGCCCUGUGCUCGUCGCUACUUGAGAGUCCGGAGAAGAAGCUAAAGAACCUAUACCCAAUCCUAUACCUAAUGGAGGAAAAACUAAAGGAUGGUUCGUUGAACCUGCUGUCAGUUCGGAAGCUAGCAACUGUCUCCGCAGCCGAGGUGUUCAGGGACAUCCUGCCGGAGUACAGGAUCAGACAUCAGGACUAUACUGAUGUUAAAUUGAAAAAGGACACAUUAGCGCUGUACAAAUUUGAAAAAGAACUACUCGAAUUUUACAAGAGAUACCUAGUGAGAAUCGAAAAGGCGACGUCGGUUUUGAGAAGGAAGAAAGGUGAUAAUCGAAAACCAGAUGUCUCCACCACCAACCUAGGACUCAUAUCGCUCCGAUCCAUGUGCAGUCUCCUCGAAGCCAAACCGAACUUCAACUACUCCACUAACAUAGCACAGAGUGUGAUACCGUUCCUUGAUAGCAGGAUCCCGGAAGCAAGGAACAUUGUGACGGAGUGCUGUUCUAAUGUGUUUAAAGAAGAUACGAAGGGGGAUGUUACAUUGUCAAUAGUGCGUCUCAUAAACCAGCUUGUAAAGCGUCGCGGUGAGAACUUGCAGCCGAGCGCUUUAGACUGUUUACUUUCCUUGAGAAUAGAACAUGUGCAUUUGGAUGAGGAAAAUGAGUUGAAAUUGAAGAAAAAACAGGAGGAAAAACAUAAGAAACGUAUUGUUAACUUAUCUAAGAAGGAGAAGAAGCGUGCAAAAAAACUCAAAGAAGUAGAAAAAGAGUUACUGGAAACGGAAGCUAAAGAGAACGAAGCGGCGCGGCUCAAACAACUGACGGAAGUGACUAAACUCGCCUUCCACAUCUACUUCCGGUUGUUGAAAACCGCUCCUAGAUCGCAGCUGCUUAAUGCUGUGUUACAGGGGCUAGCUAAAUUCGCGCACGUCAUCAACCUCGAGUACUACAGCGAUCUAGUGGCCAUACUCGGCGCACUAGUUCGCGACGAGCUAGUUCCCCGCAGUUCGCGGUUACGCUGCGUGCGCACCGCGCUAGCUCUGCUCGCGUCGGCGGACGCGCUCAAUGUGGACCCGGGACACUUCCACGCGUACUUAUAUGCGGCGGUUCUGGAGGUGCAUGCGGCAUCAGACGAGUCAGAAAUCCGGCUGGUGUUAGAAGCCAUCAAUGCUGUGUGUGCUCGAGCCCGACGUAUAUCCCGUUCAGUUGUGCAAGCGUUCAGCAAGCGUUUGGGCACGCUGGCGACGCAGCUGCCGCACCACGCCGCACUCGCCGCGCUGCACACGCUGCACACGCUGUGCACACAAAACAAAGCAGUAUCUUCCCUGCUCGAUACAGAAGAAACGAUGGGUUCAGGCCGCUUCGACCCGCACGUGCCCUCCCCAGAACAUUGUAACGCGCACGCAGCUACGUUGUUUGAACUAGCAACACUGGCAAGACAUUAUCAUCCGACAACGAGGAAAGUGGCGGUAGCAGUACUGGGACAAGGGCAGUUACCCGUGGAGUUGACGAAAUUAUCCUCUCUCCAAAUCUACUCCGAGUACGACGGUUCCCAGAUGGCAUUCAAGCCAUCCAUCCCCCCUCCCGUCCCCUCCACCAAGAGCAAGUUAGGCCGCGACCACACGUGGGCACAACAAGACUUGUACAAACACUGCCUUAGUGUGGAAGAAGCUGUAGAUUUGAAACUGCCUAAUGUUAGAUGAAAUAAAUUUGUUUGAACGUGA